AGGGCAGCCGCCUGCCGCCGAGCCCCGAGCGCCGCUGCUCGCGGAAACGCUUUCGGCCGGGAGCUGCGGCCGCCGCCAGCAGUUUUCAUGUUUGGGAUUCAGGAGAAUAUUCCGCGCGGGGGGACGACCAUGAAGGAGGAGCCGCUGGGCAGCGGCAUGAACCCGGUGCGCUCGUGGAUGCACACGGCGGGCGUGGUGGACGCCAACACUGCCGCCCAGAGCGGCGUGGGGCUGGCGCGGGCGCACUUCGAGAAGCAGCCGCCUUCCAACCUCCGGAAAUCCAAUUUCUUCCAUUUCGUGCUGGCGCUCUACGACAGGCAGGGGCAGCCGGUGGAGAUUGAAAGGACCGCUUUUGUGGACUUUGUGGAGAAAGAGAAAGAGCCAAACAACGAGAAAACCAACAACGGCAUCCACUACAAACUGCAGUUAUUGUACAGCAACGGAGUCAGAACAGAGCAGGAUCUGUAUGUUCGCCUCAUAGAUUCAAUGACCAAACAGGCCAUCGUCUACGAGGGCCAGGACAAGAACCCGGAGAUGUGCCGCGUGCUGCUGACCCACGAGAUCAUGUGCAGCCGGUGCUGUGACAAGAAAAGUUGUGGCAAUAGAAACGAAACACCCUCAGACCCUGUGAUCAUUGACAGAUUCUUUCUAAAGUUUUUCCUCAAGUGCAAUCAGAACUGUUUGAAGAAUGCAGGCAACCCUCGAGAUAUGCGGCGAUUUCAGGUUGUUGUAUCGACAACGGUCAACGUGGACGGCCACGUGCUGGCCGUGUCAGACAACAUGUUUGUGCACAACAAUUCCAAACACGGGAGGCGGGCCCGCCGCCUAGACCCGUCAGAAGCCACGCCCUGCAUCAAGGCCAUCAGUCCCAGUGAAGGCUGGACCACCGGGGGCGCCACCGUGAUCAUAAUCGGAGACAACUUCUUUGACGGACUCCAGGUUGUGUUCGGCACCAUGUUGGUGUGGAGCGAGCUGAUAACGCCCCACGCCAUCCGAGUGCAGACCCCGCCGCGGCACAUUCCUGGAGUCGUCGAAGUCACCCUCUCCUACAAAUCCAAGCAGUUCUGCAAAGGUGCUCCUGGCCGCUUUGUCUACACCGCCCUUAAUGAACCCACCAUAGAUUACGGCUUUCAGAGGUUGCAGAAAGUGAUCCCAAGACAUCCGGGUGAUCCCGAAAGGUUACCCAAGGAAGUAUUACUGAAGCGGGCAGCAGACCUUGUGGAAGCCUUAUACGGAAUGCCUCACAACAACCAGGAGAUCAUUCUGAAGCGAGCGGCUGACAUCGCUGAGGCUUUGUACAGCGUCCCCCGCAACCACAACCAGAUACCCACCCUGGGCAACACCCCCGCACACACAGGCAUGAUGGGGGUCAACUCCUUCAGCAGCCAGCUAGCUGUCAACGUGUCGGAGACGUCACAAGCCAAUGACCAAGUCGGCUACAGUCGCAAUACAAGCAGCGUGUCCCCGCGAGGAUACGUGCCCAGCAGUACUCCCCAGCAGUCCAAUUACAACACAGUCAGCACUAGCAUGAAUGGAUAUGGAAGUGGCGCCAUGGCCAAUCUAGGGGUCCCUGGCUCGCCUGGAUUUCUUAAUGGCUCCUCCGCUAACUCUCCCUACGGCAUAGUGCCGUCCAGCCCCACCAUGGCAGCCUCUUCGGUCACCCUCCCUUCAAACUGUAGCAGCACACACGGCAUUUUCUCAUUCUCACCUGCCAAUGUCAUCUCCGCAGUGAAACAGAAGAGCGCCUUCGCGCCCGUGGUCCGGCCCCCGGCCUCUCCUCCCCCCUCCUGCACCAGCGCCAACGGGAACGGACUGCAAGCUAUGUCUGGGCUGGUAGUCCCGCCAAUGUGAGGGACUUUUGUUUACCUUCCACAGCACCCAGCAUCAAAGGACGGACUUCAGGGGACACGUUUAGUAUAUUAAGACAUGCUGAUGGAAACAGUAUCUUCAAAAAAAUCAGCAAU